CUCUCUCUCUCUCUCUCUCUAGAGGUCGGGGCGGAGAAGGCGGCUGCGGGGCUUCUUGCGGCGCGGUGUAUGGAAGCCGGAGCAUUGGCCGGAGAUGACUUGGUCCGGUGGCGUGGAGGAAGCGGCGGCAGAGGUGUUUUGGGGGAUUAAGGGAAGGGAUGAGCUUAGGACGUCAAUGUGGUCUUGUAAUGCUCUGUUGGGUAAAAGUAAUCGAAAAAACCCUUCUUUUCUACGCUUGAGGCUUGAGUGGGAGCUAUUUACCCCAUGCAUCUGAAAUGUUCUGCUUGAUAGCUCUGGUGCCGUCAUGAGUGGGUUUCAGAAGAGGAACGUGCAGGACCUGCAGAAACCCUUCCCGGGUUGUAUGGGAAGGAUGAUUAACAUAUUUGACUUGAAUAUGGCCAUGGCUGGGACCAAGCUGCUAACUGAUGAAGCUCAUAGAGGCUCUCCAGUUCGCAGAAAUCAGCCUGAUGUUAAGAAAGAAGCCAUGGAUCCAGCUGGACGUUUUGUUGAUGGCAAACAAACUUCAUUGCAGAUCGCUAGUGAUUUGUGGAAGAGUUCUUCAAUCAAGAAGUCAGGCGGAACAUCGGUGAAAAUGCUGAUAGCACAGGAGAUGUCAAAAGAAACAGAGUUGAAUCGGAAGCCACCUGGUGUUGUUGCUAGAUUAAUGGGUCUUGAUGAUGAUCUGCCAGCUACGAAACCUGUGUUAUUUGCAAACAAAAGGGUCACACAAGAGGGCUAUUCAAGGACUACAUUAACAGGACCAUUUCAGGGUCGCAGGCAGCAGGAAGAUGUCUAUUUUAACAAGCCAAUGUCAUGUGAGAGUGACCAUGAAAGGAUGGAAUAUAGGGAUGUGUUUGAAGUCCGGCAACAACCAUCAAGAACCAGCUACAUCAGGGAUCAACCUCUACAGAAGGGAAGAUACAACAAAGACCAGAAUGAGAAACGAAUGGCUCUUGUUCGUCAAAAAUUCAUGGAAGCCAAACGUCUAGCUACAGAUGAAAGGCUCCUUCAGUCCAAGGAGUUUCAAGAUGCUCUUGAGGUGCUGAGUUCAAACAAAGAUUUAUUCAUCAAAUUUCUUGAAGAACCAAAUUCCCUCUUCUCGAAGCAAAUAAGAGAGCUCUAUAUGGUUCCUCCAACACCUCAGACACAACGCAUUACUGUAUUAAAGCCAUCAAAUACGGUUGAGCCAAAAGGUGAAAAACCGGUGAAAAAACAGCAAUAUCCGAGAGUUGAUGAGGGUGGAUGGGAGACAAACAAGCCUUAUUGGAGCAAAAGCUUCACCAAUUCAAAGGAUGAAAGCAUGUCUCAGCCAACAAGAAUAGUGGUCUUAAAGCCUAGCCCUGGGAAUCCCCAUGACAUGAAGAUGAAGGUGAACUCCUGUAUCACAUCACCUGAACUACUGCAACAAAGUGAUGUUUAUGAAGGUUUGGGAGAUAAUGAAGCCAUAGGUCCAAGAGAAGUAGCCAAGGGAAUCACUCAGCAGAUGCGAGAGAGUCUGAGUUGCCACCGGAGGGACGAUUCUUUGUUAUCUUCAGUGUACUCAAAUGGAUAUGGUGGAGAUGAGAGCUCAUUCUGUAAGUCAGAAAAUGAGUACAUGGAAGAUGAGGAUGGUAGCAUUAGUGACAUGGAGGUUAUGACUUCAACUUCACGACAUUCAUGGGAUUAUGUCAACAGAUUUAGUAGUCCUUUCUCUGCCUCAUCUUUUGGCCGGGCAUCCUGUUCACCUGAGUCUUCGGUGAUUAGGGAAGCCAAGAAACGGCUUUCAGAGAGGUUGGCUUUGGUGGCAUCUAAUGGGACAUGUCAAGAACAAAUGCAAAUGCCUAGGAGCUCGAGCACUUUGGGCGAGAUGCUUGCCAUUCCUGGGGUGAAGAAAGAAGAGGGUGGUGAUGGAGGCCUUACUUUUUCAAGCAGCAAGUUGUUUGUAGGAGAUGAUGAAUUGAGGGCACCAGCAGCCUGCUUAUCCAUUGGUAGGACAAAUGUUGGAGAUGAUCACUGCUCCCCCCAGACCUUAUCAAGGUCAAAGUCUGUCCCAGUCUCGUCUUCAGUUUCGGAAAAUAUUGGGUUGAGCUUUGACGCUUCUAACUCUGAAAUUAACAAACCUAUUGCUACAAAGGAGGUUGCAAAGUCUAAGAAUGGGAAAUCAUCUUUUAGGGGAAUAGUUUCAAGUUUUUUCUUCCCUAGGGGUAAGAAAGCGAGUAGAGAGAAAACUAUUCCUUCUCCCUUGGUGGGUUCUGAUAAUAGAUGUCAUUCUGGCAGUGUUGAGACAAUUGUCCAUAAAAAUGGUGCUUUAUCAAAAUCAGUUCAGAAUAGUUUACUCAUGGAAAGUCCACCAAUAAAUUUAGAGGUAGAAUCUGCCUGCACUGCCUCACCAACUUUGCCCAGUGAUGGAUCUAAACGAGGCUAUUUCUCUUCUAAGGCUACUCUUUCUCUUGAGGAACCCAGGACAUCUGAUAAUUUGAUUCAGAACCUGAACAGGUUUAGGUCCUCCAAAAAUUCAGGUACUAACUGUGAUCAGCCGAGCCCCACUUCAGUUCUAGAUGUUCCUUUUGAAGAUGAUGCCAACGUCAAUGGGCUCCAGUCAUCUGAAAGUGCCAAUGCUGGACAACAGCAAGCACUGUCUAGAUCUUCACCAUUUGAAUCAGUUGCCCGUUCAUUAGCAUGGGAUGACACCCACCAGGAAGCAUUGUCAGCAAAUCCCUCAAAAAUGUAUAGGGCUUUGUCCAAGGCAGACAAUGAAGAACAAGAACGAUAUAUGUUUGUCCAGAAGUUAUUGUCAUCUGCUGGCUUGGAUAGUGAAAAGUCUGACAUGGUAUUUGCCAGCUGGCAUUCGGUGGACAGCCCAUUGGAUCCAAUAUUGCUUGACAAGUUCUUGGAUCGGAAAGGGGAAGAGGCCAAGUCUAGGGAGAGGAGAUCAAAUCAGAAGCUUUUGUUUGACUGUGUCAAUGCAGCAUUGUUAGAAAUUGGUCGGACUACCUUACUAAGUGCAUACCCAUGGAAGGGUGCUUACCAUCAUGCCCGGAGGAAUACUUCACGUGAUACAUAUCCGGUGGAAGUAUGGGGUCUUCUUAGGAACUGGUUUUCAGGUGAGGGGAAGCAGGUGAUGUACGAGGCUGACAACAGCAAUCUUUUGAUGGACAGAGUUUUGAAGAGGGAGGUAGAAGGAAGAGGAUGGGCUGAAUCAAUGAGGUCAGAAAUAGAUGAGAUUAGUAUUGAGAUUGGCAGGGACGUUUUGGAGGAUUUGGUCAAAGAGGCUUUGGUAGACUUUGAUGGUACAUGUUUGUAAUGAGGUCUCUUUCUCACUUCAUUUCUUCUCUUUUUUCCCCUUUUCUUAUGGCCUCUGUUAAUUAAUGUCAUUGUUUUCACUGUGGUGAUGAUGGCCAUUACAUUGUUUAAUAUCUAUAUUGGUGUAAUAUUUACAUUCCAACAAGUGAUGAUCUCUGUGUAUUCUCUA